UUUGGGAAGUUGGGGGGCCGGCGAGGGUCGUUGAGGACAAGAACUACAAUUCCCAGGAAGCCUUGCGGCCCCCGAGCCCAUGCCCAUGUCCUGGCAUGCCACCGUGUUUCUGGAGAAGGCGAUUUCCGGGGGGUGGGGGGAGCCAGAUUCCAAAGGGAGACACCCCUUUCCUUUCCCAGGGACGCCCUUUGUACAAAUCUUGACGACAGGAUCACCCAUCCCUGGUCCUACCCGGGGCAAAAGUUGCCUUUCCUUUGUUUAAUUCAGCUUCCCUGCCCCGGGGGUCUCAGCGCUUUUCCUGCGGGGGCCUCCUGCCCUCCUGUCGGUCAUCUCAAGCCUUUUGCAAACGGGAGCUCAGACCAGAAGGAUUGCAAACGAGAGCUCGGUAAAGGCUAAGAAUAUCAUCCAAGGAAGUUCAUGAGAAUUAGAAUAUCAAUUACAUUGAUUACAACAGUGCUUCUUCUAUCGUAGUGGAAGAAUGAACAUGUCAAUAAAAAACCCGAGCUGAAGUCGAAAGAAAAGAUUCAUUUGAACAAACUUGCACAAACUUUGUUUCAUUUCUCAAAAAAAAAAAAGAGAGAGAGAGAGAGAGAGAGAGAGAAAGAGGGAGAGAGAGAGAAAGAGGGAAAGAAGGAAGGUAGGAAAGAAAGGAAGGAAGGAAAGAAAGAGGAAAGAAAAGAAAAGAAAGUUAAAUUAAGAAUUGCAUGUCAAGUGACAAAUAUAACAAGAUUUUUGCCAUUGAGAGAUAAUCUGCAAAUUUAUCAAAAUACCUUCCAGAGGAAAAAUUGUUCCACUAUGCAGCACAUAUGCCAGCAUCUCUGUUCAAAGAAUUGUCUGUCUUGAAAAGUGAGCCAUUAAGUCUUCCUUUACUCUGAGUUCAAGGUCAAAUUUCAAAAAUUUAUAAAAGGCCGGACUGUGCAUUCUUCAAACACGAUGAAAAGGAUAUUGAGGAAAUGUUAAUCAGGCUUGCUCAGGGGGAAAAAAUAAGCCUCAUCGUUACACUUUUCUUCCCAGGAAGUUGAUUUCUAUGCAUGGCCCUGGAGAGAAAAGGGUACCACCAGUUGAUGGAACCAACCGGUUAAUUCGGUUCCAAACAACACACAGCAAACAGGAGUUUUCUUAGGAGAUGCCCAAAACUCAGGUGCAGAUGGCAUCAGAAGAGAGAGACGCUUGGGAAGCUGCAGGAAAUCCAAAGAUGGUUAAAAAUUCCUGGGGAAUUCAGAAUAAAAAGGAAAUAGAGAUGAGUCCAGAAUGGAAUCUCUCUAUGGAAGAAGACCUGGCUCUACAUUUGGAAAGUCUCAGUGGGAAAAAAUCCCUGGACACAACCGAGCAAAAACACUCACCAAAGAGAUAUUCCAAUUUUCCUCUGGAAUUUCAACCAGAGGAGGAAGCAGAGAAUAUUGAAAUACAUGCCAGUUGCUUAGCGGGUGGGUCCCAAAUCAGCAUCAAAGAGGAAGGCUUAGAGCACCCUGAAUAUGAGUGGGCGCUGUGCCAAAACCCUGUCCCGUUUCUGUCUCAAAGGAUCAAAAAGGAAGCCAAUGCAAAUCCUCCCCUGGAUUCAGAAUGUGGGGAAAACGUUGAUCCACCUUCAAUUUUCCUCCAAAGGUGCCCUACCUCCGUGUUUGUAAAACAGGACGGGGGCUUUGCCAAAUCCCAGAAAAAUAUCCCCACCAUCCUGGAGGAGCCGAAAGCGGAGAAAACUUUCCCCUGCCCUGUUUGCAACAAGGAAUUCAAUCAGAAGUCCAAUCUCACCCGGCACCAUAAAAUCCACACUAUGGAAGGUUCGUAUAAGUGUGCCAAGUGCGGGGAAAGCUUUCGCAUGAACCGGCAACUCCUCCGACACCAACGGAUGCAUCUGAGCGACCCGUUCAAAUGCACCGAGUGUGGGAAGAGCUUCAGCCGGAGAUCCAAUUUAAUCCGGCACCAAAGAAUCCACACACGGGAAGCGCCGUACCAAUGUCCCGAGUGUGAGAAAACCUUCAACCAGAAGACCAAUCUUUUCCGACACCGGAUGAUUCACCUCCAGAUGGGACCUUGCAACUGUACCAAAUGUGGGAAACUUUUCACGCAAAGAAAAUACCUGGUCAAGCACCAAAAGUUGCACUUGAGUGAGGGAGACCAGAAAUGUUUCAUUUGCGGGAAGCAAUUCCGUUUGAAGAAAUACCUCCGGCGACAUCAGAAAAUCCACAGUCGCGAGACACCGAAUAUUCACCUAACUCAGAUGGAGUGACAAGGCAGGUUUGGCAAGAAGAACUGGAGUUACAGGCCGGUGGAAAGCUCAGAAUGGCAGGAAGGGACGUCCUCGCUGAACGGCUGUCUCUUUUAGUGACCCUUCGUAGUUAACGACGGGGAAAAUGAAACAGUAACUUUGUUUGAGACCAGUCUUCCAUUCAUGACCUUUAUACAGGUUUGUAAAUCAAAGGAAAGCGGAAAGGAAGAUCGUAAGCACAGUCGUGAUUUUACGUGGCAGUUGUUUCACGUAGCAACCGGCAAAUUAUGGUCGCUAAAUGAGGACUGCCUGUAAACAUGUCUGGAGAUGCACAUUUGAAAAACAAAUCAUAGGAUCCUGCUUUUUGCAGUCUUCAGGGGCUUAAAGCAGCGUGUUUUGCUGUGUGUGUAUGUGUGCUAAUUCAUAGGACUAAUUUUGUGUGUGUUCUCCAGGUACACAAAAGGUAGCGCUAGGAGGAAUAGAACCUGUGUCAUUGUGAAUUUCUGUCCUCGUGGAGGGAGAUACAGAGGGCACCAACUUUCUAGUUGCCAAGAUACUUUCAGAAGAAAUGGGAGUUAGAAAUUAGUUCCUAACUAGUUUCAUUUCUGUAGUUUAUACAUGUUGACCGCUUCAUUCUCCCAAGUAAUUUACCACCUCCACCUAACAAAAAUUGUGCAAAAAAAAUAAGAGAGGUUAUAUAAAUUUGCUGGAUUUGUGUAAGAUGCACAAAAGGAAUGUUUUGGGUGGAAAGACACACAAGCAUAUAUAAUUUCGGUUAAGAGUCUCAGCUCAGUGACCCUGUUAUUUAAGAGGUAAGAUGGUUCCUACUACCUGUCAUUUCUAGCCAAUAUGUCAGGUCUUGUGGGAUGAUCUGAUUCUACUUUAUCGAAAAGUACAUUGACAGAAUCUUGUGAGUAUGAAAGUGCAAAUCUCCCGCUGUCUUUUUUUGGGUCCCUUUUGGGCCUCUUUCUCUUCUGUGCAUUAUGCAGCUGUGUGGCCUCUUUAUCUGGCUGUUUUCUUGGCAGUGUUUCUUUGCCCAAUCCCUAUAUCAGUGUUUCUCAACCUUGGCCACUGGACGAUGUGUGGACUUCAACUCCCAGAAUUCCCCAGCCAGCUCUGCUGGCUGGGGAAUUCUGGGAGUUGAAGUCCACACAUCGUCCAGCGGCCAAAGUUGGGAAACACUGCCCUAUAUCCCUAUCAUGUAACAUGGCUAAUGGUCAAAGAUGAGGGGAUUUUAAAACAUCUGGUCCUCAGGACAUUUUUGCAGGGGCCUGGAUAAAACUUGAUUUCAGUUCUGCUUCCUGAAUCAUGCAACUCCCGUUUGCAAUUACAGGUAGUCCACGGUUCAUUUAGGGACCGUUCAAAGCUACAAUGGUGUUGAAAAAAAGUGACCAACGGACCAUUUUUCACGCUUAUAUGGCCAUUGCAGCAUCCCCGUGAUCACGGGAUCAAAAUGCAGAUGCUUGGCAACUGACUCAUAUUUAUGACGGUUGCGGUGUCGCUGAGGUCAUGCGAUCCCCUUUUCCGACCUCCUGACAAGCAGAACCAAUGGGGAAGCCAGAUUCACUUAACAACUGUGUGACUAACUGAACAACUCGAGUGGUUCAUUUCACAGCUGUGGCAAGGAAGGUCGUAAAACGGGGCACAACAAAUGCCUCGCUUAGCAACAGAAAUUUUGGGCUCAGUCGUGGUCGUAAGUCGAGGGCUACCGUAUCAAAAUGAAGCAGGAAGUUGUGACUAGAUGUUUUAGAACCAGGAUGCGCCAAGAUCGGGGUGGAUUCUACUUACGUUUACUACCGGUUCGCAACGGGAUCGCGUACAUGCGAUUGCUUUGCUCGCGCAAGUGUCUUGCUUCUCUGCAUGUGCAGAAGCUUCUGCACAUGCGCAGAUCGCUGAUGACGACAUCCGGGGUGGUGGGCAGGGCCUUCCACCGGUUUUACUACCGGUUCUUGUGAACCGGUCCGAACCAGGGGCAACCCACCACCAGUCAGGAUCUACCCUCUCUCAAAAGCUCCCUCCGGCCCUGUCAAUCUAAGAGGAAAUCAGUGGUCAGUGUAGGUCGGUAAUGUCAAACUCAAGACCUGGGGGCCAGAUCUGGCCUGUGGGGUGUUUAGAUCGGGCCAGCGGGGCCACCUUGGAAACAGCGAAGGACCGGCGAACUGGUAGCUCUGACGAUCAUCUGGGAGCGAACCGGUUCGCUCCAAAUAUCAGGUUGGCCCACCCACCCGGCCCUGCGCUUUAUUUACCUUUAUCUUCUCAGCUAAUUGGCGCAGCAAAGCGAAUUGCCAUGCUUCAGCUGUGUUAGUAUUUGUGCACGCAUCCCUGGUGUAGGUUAAUAAGGACUGUUCAAGCAUAGCGUGAAGACUAGUCAAAAAACAACCUCAGGAAUUUAGUCUACAUUUGGUGAUGGAGGGAACAGAUAAUAAUUAUGCUCUCGAAGAUAUAAUACAGACCAGUCCUCAAUUUACAACCAUUUGCUUAGCGAACGUUCGAACUUACAACCUACCCAGAACCAGGGUUCGGUUCUGAAGUUCCUCAUGGUUUCCCCCUUCCAUAGGAUCUCACUUCAGGUGCUUGGCAGCACAGCCACAUGGAUGGUCCUUACCUGUGUCCCGCAGACACACGGACGUCUUUUGCAGCGGCUAUGCCGAAACCUGGAAGUUCCUUCCAGUUUUCGGCAACACUGUGCCCAUAGCAAACCGUGGUUUAAUCAGGGGUCCCCAACUCGUAGUCCGUAAACUGGCAUGGGUCCACGCCACAGCAUGUUAGAAACCGGGCUGUGAAAACAAGCGAAGCCCCAUCCAUGGGAGUCCUCGAGUUACGAUCACAAUUUAGCCUGGGAUUUCUGUUGCUAAGCACAACGAUUGUUCAGCGCGUUGUGCCCCCCAUUUUACAACCCUAAGCAAAUCACUGCAAUUGGUAAGUGAAACGUGGUUGUUAAGCGAAUCUGGCUCCCUCAUUGCUUGUCAGAAGCCAGCCUCGAAGGUCACAAAAAUAGGAUCACGUGGCCUCCAGGUCACCACAACCGUCAGAAUUACAAGUCAGUUGCCAAGGGUCCAAAUUUUGAUCACGUGACCAUGGGGAUGCUGCAGUGGUCUUAAGUGUGAAAAACGGUCAUAAGUCGCUUUUUCCAGUGCUGUUGAAACUUCAAACAGUCACUAAAUAAACUGAUGUAAGUUGAGGACUAUCUGUCCGCACAUCCACAAGGUGAGAGGGGACAUAUUAGGAAAUCUCAAUGUGCCCGUUUCCUUUGAAAGAAAAAUUUUAUAUUUGUAUGAAAAGCCUUGAAAAUGUAGAGACCUUUUAUGCCAAAACUCUUACAUCCUCCUUUUAAGCACAACCCAAAAAAACAGGUUGAAAAUGGGCUUGUCCAUUCUCUACUUAGGAUUCUGUGACUUGAUACACCCACUCAUGUAGCUUUUCUGGCACGUUUUUCCUGUUUAGCCUACAAGCUUGGGAUUUUCUGGGGUUGCCGUCCAAAUAUUGGGCAGAGCAUGAGUUGAACAAUUCAAUAAAUAAAGUGAAUUAUCA